AUGCCUGCACUUAUCAUGGGCACUCAAGAAGCAGAUGAAUCUUUCAUUUCAGUUGCAGACCUUCAUGUAUGUGCUAAAAAGAACAUCCAGUAUUCCCUGCUUUCUGAAUCAGAGAGCAUGGGAAGUGAGAAGCGUAUUUCUGUUGAUCCAUUCUCCCUCAGAGAAUCAGCGAAUUCCAAGUUGAUGAUACCCGUUCUUCCACCCCUUCAUCCGCCUACAAAGCCAAAGUUCUUAAGCUACAGCCUGCCAAACUCUGCCUCUUCCUCACCAAAGUUUGGCACCAUGCUGCCAAAGAAGAAAUCAAAAAAUCUAAACCAAGUGGCUUCUCUCUCUGUCAACCCUUUCUUCCACCGAGACUCUAUAGCGCUUACGAAUCUCGAGAGGUUGCGGGCGAGCCAUCUUCGGAGAAGCAAGUCAUGCGGUGAAGGAAGGACAAGCGCCCCACCUGAAGAUUUUGACCUUAAAUGGGUGGCAAAAUCUAACAGUGUGAAGCAUGAUCAUCAAAGCAAUAACAAGAACUACAUGUAUACGGCCGAACCCAAUUUGGAGCACAAGAAGAGUUAUAGCGCUGAAAAGGCGACAGAUUCUGUCGAUGAGAACUUUAAAUGUGGAGCUCUGUGCUUGUUCCUGCCAGGUUUUGGCAAGGGAGCAAAACCAGUUAGAGCCAGGAAGGAAGAACCAGCAGAAAUGGUGCAUAUUCAGGGACCGGAGAACCUAGCAUUACUAGUAUCCAAGAGGGUCUCGCUCGAGAAAUUUGAAUGUGGUUCCUGGAGGUCAUCUGCCAUAUUAGACGAUGCGGAGGGCCAAAAAGAUGCCUCCAAUCUCUUCUACGAUCUUCCUUUGGAGAUGAUCAGAUGCAAUGCUAGUGAUACAGAUUCCCCAGUAACAGCAGCUUUUGUGUUCGAUAAGGACCGAAAAGGGGUUCUAAAGAAAAAUUCGUCAAGAACAACAUCAAAAAAAUCACCCGAUUCAGCUCGUCACGUUCGAUUUUCUACUUCUUCUCCCACAUCUUACCCAGCCUCACCGACUUCUUGCGUUACAGAUGAUGUUCGCCUGCACAAGGCUAGAGAGGACCUGGACUCAUUCUUAGAAGCGCAGACUGCUUAA